AUGAACCAAGAACCAAUCAAAAAGUCUCUCCUCAUCGGGAUCAACUACACGGGCAGCAAGCACGAAUUGCGAGGAUGCCAUUCCGAUGCCGAGAACAUGGCCGAGUUUCUCAGAUAUCGUGGCUAUGAGAAAGAGAAUCAGGUCGUUCUUCGUGACGAUCUAAGUGGUCCUGCAUAUCCAUCACGCGACAACAUGCUUCGUGCAAUGAGCUGGCUGGUUUCGAAACCGGGCACCAUGAACUUUCUCCAUUACUCCGGACACGGUGGUCAAGAACGGGACGACAAUCGUUCGACUGGUUACGACGAUACCAUCUGUCCCGUGGACUUUGAGAGGGCAGGACAAAUCAACAGCGCUACUCUUCAUCAGGUGCUAGUAAGUGCACUGCCGCCCAACAGCACACUAUUCGUCGUCCUGGACUGCUGCCACAGCGGCUCGGCAGUCGAGCUCCCGUACGUCUACCGGACAGACGAUGAUGGAAAAAUCUCCAUCAUGAACAACGUCAAAGCCGGACUGAACUUGGUGAUGGAAGCAGACAACCUUCUCGAAGGACGGUACGGAUUGAACAGCGUAGCCGCUGCGAAGCAAAUGCUCGGAGAUGCAAAUAACUUCUUCCAAGGCUUCCGACAUCAACACCACGGCCCCGCGGGGCUGGAAUCCGAUAAUACCGGGAGAGAUUGGAGUCGAGAGCAGAAAUUCGUCACCAUGUACAGCGGCUGUCGAGACGAGGAGACGAGCGCCGAUGCGUAUAUUGCGGGUCGCAACUGUGGCGCCAUGACCUGGGCUUUCCUGGAGACUAUGAAGCACAAUCGUGAUCCGACGUAUAUCCAAACUUUGCAGGCCACUCGAGCGAAUUUGAGAGGCAGUCAGUAUAAGCAGGUGCCUCAACUCUCAGUGGGUGUGCAGAUGGAUUUGGAUCAGCCUCUGAGGCUUUGA